UAUCCAGUUGUCCGGCGUCCGGCUUCCACGACCAGAUAAGCUGGCCAUCUUUCCGUCGUCCCCCUCCACUGCUUCUCCCCCCUGGACGGAGGACGGACAAUCACAGAAAACUAAACACAGGCAUCCAUGGAGGUGGUGGGAGGGGUGUCGCUGAGGCCGGCGCGGCUCCGGCACCUGACGCCCGGGGAGGCCAGCGCGGGCUCCUUCCUGCCGCGGAGGCUGCAGCUGGCACGGACCGCCGCGAGGCCAGCGAGGCGCGCGCUGGUGGUGGAGGCCCGCGGGGGCAGGGGCUGGUCGGACCGGCAGUCCCAGCAGCAGCGGCGCAUGCCGCAGCUCCCCAAGAUCGAGGACGACGGCAACCCCCGCUUCGUCAUCUUCAUCCGCACCGCCAAUGUGUACUUUUGGUACCCGCUCAACAUCGUCACCGGCGGCACCACCGCCAAGAUCAUGCUCGCUGCCAAGGACAACUUCCUCGGCAAGUACAUCUACAAGGACACGCUCGCCCGGAACCUCGCCACCGUCAUUUACAAAGACGAGGAUGACAUAAUUGACCUGGCGAAAGAGCAGUUCCGCGUGCUCAAGGGAGAAACCGAGUUCCGGUACGGCUACAAGAUCGUGGUAAUUCUCUCAUCCUUGGCUGCAGGACAGGAGGGAGGGCGCGUCGUUUCGAUAAUCAUAUCUUCUACUGGUUGUACUAGCCUUUCAUUCAAAAAUCAAAAUGGAGGUUGCAGUUCAUAUACUUGUCGUUUGGCUGAGCAGGAGAAGGGGAACCUCAGGUCUGCACUGGCGACAAGCAACGUGCUCGAGCUCCCAAAGAAAGAAGAGCUCAAAAGUGUAGUUGACAAGGUGAGGGACUUCUUCGGUGAGGUAACCUCGGGCGCCAAAGAAUCCUUUGCACAGAUAACAGGAUCUGCCAGCGCAGCAGAGGCCGAAGCAGAAGGAAAAGCAGAAGACGAGAGGCCCCGCUCCAAGAGACGAGGAAGCAAGAGGAAAGGGAAGCAGCAGAAGCCCAAGCAAGGGUUCAAGCCCGAGAGCUGAUCGGAAGAGUGGGAUCGAGUGGACCGCCCGGCUGUAGUUUCCCCCGAGCUGCUCUGUAGCACACCAGAGGCUUUUUGAGUUUUGCAGUGUAACCUCCCUGUGGGCAACAACAAACUUUGUUCACUUCUCACAGAGUAUAUGAUGUUAGGCAGCCCCGCGAAAUCUUAGAAAUGAAGCCAAUUGAUGUACUUGCAGAACAGCGACAACCACAGCUUUAUAUUGAAUUUCAAUUCUUUGCAA